AUGGGUCUCUUUGGCGGCAACAAGAUGCCAGUGGACGGCAAGACUGUUCUGAUCACUGGCGGGUCGGAGGGGAUGGGCCUUGCCGUCGCGACGCAGCUCUCUGCCAAGGGCGCCAACCUAAUUCUCGUCUCCCGCAACGCCGCCAAGCUCGAAGAAGCCGCCGCCGCCAAGAGCCCCGCGACGCAAAGAUUCCAUUACAUCACCGCCGACGUCUCCGUCCCCUCGUACGCCGACUCAGUCGUCGCUGCCGCCACGACAUGGAACGACGGCCGCGCGCCCGACAUUGUGUGGUGCAUCGCGGGCAUCUCGGUGCCCAAGCUCUUUGUGGAAACGGACGCAGCGUCGCUACGUCAGCAGAUGGACAUCAACUUUCACGGGACCGCGGACAUGGCGCACACCAUCCUCCGCGCGUGGCUCGCCCCCGACAACAACAACAACAACAACAACAACAGCGAGCAGCCGAAGCACCUCAUCAUGACAGCUAGCGCGACUGCCUUCUACACAAUCCCCGGCUACGCGGCCUACGCUCCCUCCAAAUGGGCGCUGCGCGGCCUCGCCGACACUCUCUCGCAAGAGGUCCUGCUCUACCCGCAAGACGUCCGCGUUCACAUCGUCUUCCCCGGCACCAUCCUCUCGCCCGGCUUCGAGGUUGAGGAGCGCACCAAGCCCGAGAUUACAAAGAAGCUCGAGGCUGCCGACCCUAAGCAGACACCCGACGAGGUGGCGCGCGCCGCCAUCCGCGGCCUCGAGGCUGGCCACUUCAUGGUCGUCGUCAACUGGCUCGGCCAUCUCAUGCGCUUCGGCGUCAUUGGUGGUUCUUUUCGCAACAGCUGGAUCAUCGACACGCUCGGCGCCUGGCUCGUGCCCCUGAUCUGGAUCUUUGUCCAGUAUGACCAGGUCAGUACCGUGCGCAACUAUGGCAGGAAGCAUGGGCACCCCAGCACGUAUACCAACAUUCAAAAGUAA